UCUGUUCAGCCGUCCUGCUUGUUGUGUUUGAACAUCACUCGUCCACGGAAUUUGAGAAGAUACUUGGCCACAACUGCGUCUGUCCGAACAUUCAAAUCGGCUGGCUCAUAUUACAUCAUGAGUGAGAAGAGGAAGCGUCGGAGCGCGUCAUCCCCAAGCCCACUCGGCACCGCACGCAAACGCGCUCGUGAUGAUUCCUCGACGGGUUCCAACAAACCUGUAGCAAAAGAUGGGCUUGCUACAUCUAGGGACUGGAAAUUUCGUAUUAAGGUCUUGUCAACACAGGGUUUUGAUGAUGACGAUGUCGUCGCAGAAGCCGUUCAGGGACUAAUCGACUUAUGCUUCCCUGAGUCCGUGUUGAAUGAACUAGGUGUCGACGUUGUCACCCAGCAUAUGAUGCAACAAUCAGCUCCCGCCUCACAAAUUGACAAGAUGCGAUGCACUUUCCAAUCGUCAAUGGUGGAUAAGGUUGCUUGUAUGCUCGCAACAUAUCUAGACGAUAAUUCGAAGUACGAAUCAGCGCUUUCUGUCCUCGUUAAUCGAAUACAAGAGCUUCAUGGGUACUCCCCCCGUCAUAUGUCAGCUACAGCGGAGCCUGGUGAUCUUAUGGCACUGUCAGAAUCGAACGUUACAACGGUUGCGACCGUGGAACACUCUGGUGAUCUGACUAGAAGCAACGAAUCCAAUGAGCAAAGCUAUGAAAGACAGGGAAACUACCCAACUGGUCACUUGAAUCCACAAACAGAGUCCGAUAGUACCGUUUCCACGCUUACUGUCGAGCGACCCAACUCUUCCAUAGCUACUGCACCAGAUACAAGCAAUGCCCAACCUAUCAGGGUUACAAAAGUGUCAAAGUCAUGGCGAUGGGAUGUUGAUCCCAACGACAUCACGGUUGAUACUAUACCAGAUCAUUUCCAGAAGAUCGGCGAUCUCUUUGCGUAUCAUGCGUUACCUGUUGUCAAUCUCGAACUCGGACAAGAGGCGACGAGAAAGGAUAAAUUGAAAGCCAUGAACUCCCGCUUGGCCGCAAUGUCACGUCAAGAGCGCAAAGAAUGGGAUGAAAGUUUCCAAGAGUUACGCAAUGGAGAUCUCACUAUUCUCCGUCGCUCCUCGGCAACUAUCCCCCGUGAGGAUCAGAAUUACCGUACUACUCCAGCUCCGGCGACUCUUCACAAACGUCGAAAGCGUGAUAACUUCGAAUCAAAAGUCAGAUCAGACAGUAAUCAGAACAGCGGCACAAGUGGAGAGGAGGAAUCAGUCCUUGUCGCUGGUCAGGAGCACAGGAAAGUAAAAGCUGAGAGUAUUCCCGAUGAUGAGCCAUCUCACGCUCGAAUGGAGAUAAUUCGGCAUGAUCAUGGUGAAGCCAUUCGAAAUAACUCUGAUUCUAACUUUCUAACCUCUCACUCGGCGUCAACACCACAUUCUAAAACGCCUCUGGUGGACCUGUUGUGGGGAGAUUUGGACCUGAGUCACCGAAAAGCCGCAGAUAAAGCAAGUAUGAUGCUCAAGGAGAUCAAUAAGCGAAUCACCGUCAAUGCCAUAGAGUUUCGGGAGUUUAAUGGCCACAUGCGCUAUAUCUCAAAGCUUGAGCUUGCGAGUGAUCUUUGUGGGGUCUUUUCAUCGAUAUCUGAUAUGCCUGUGAGGCUACGCAUAGAGGAAUGUGUGCUCUCCUGGGCUGUGGCUUAUCCCCGCUGUUUUCCUGAAAUUCGGGACGCCCCGUUUUUAUUCAUUCAUCAUAUGCCGAAUGUCACUGAUGUCAUGGAUCUUGUAUGGCAAGCCCAUCGCGACAUACUAUCGAGACUCACAAGUGACAUCUUGCCUGAAGUUUGCGCGAGCUUAGAACGACGCGGAAUACCCCAGGAUAUUCUUUGCGGUCGACCGUUGCAAUCAUUUCAGAGCCGCCUCAAAUAUGUACUUGCAAAUAGUAGCAUGUAUAUUGUUGAGCAGCGCGCCCAUAUCGAACAGGCCCUACGCGAAAUCGCUUUUAAACACAAGGGCAAAUUCCCAGAAUUAUCUUCGACUGUGUUGACCAAGACUUGGGAAAGGAAUACUGGCUGCAAGUGGUCGUAGAAGCAGGGGAAAGCAGGUUCGUUUGAUUUAUGUAUCCAU